AUGACUCAUAAGUUUGAUAGGAAAAUGUACAACAUAGAUCCUGGUAUGAAAAGAAGAAAAUAAACAAGAGUUCGUAAGCAAUUAGUUAAAGCGAAUUUGCAGGAUGAAAGUGAAGAAAAUUCCUUAAUUGAGGUAUAAUAGAAAGUCACAAAAAAAUAUCAAAAUUAUUUGCAUACCUUGAGAAAAAUGGGGGAUUAUGAUUGGACUGAUAUCGAAAAUACGAAUAACUCCAAAGUUAUUUAUCCAAUUCAAUUUUUGCAAGCAUCUACACUCUAAUUUAUGAUUGCAGCACUCUAUUUCAAUUGCGAUCAAGAGUAUCUCUAAUAAUGUCUGCAUGAAAUUGAGAAAAUAUUGAAGAAAAAUGAAUCAAUAUAUGGGACUUAAAUAUAAGAGUAAACAUCUUUUGAUUUAAUUAGUGAUUGCAAAAAAUAGAAAAAUAAAAAAGGGUAUGAUGUGAAUGAUGAUAUCUUCAUUUUAGAAAUGAGAAACUUAGGUUAAAAAGACUUAGAUGAUUUAAUUACAAACUAAGAAAUUGAAUUAGAAUAAAUAACAAAAUAGAAUGAAGAAACUUUGCAUUAGUUUGUCAAUCUAGUACCAACAGUUAAAUAGCAUUUAAAAACAGACCAGCAAAAUAAUCUUUUGAGGGAUAUAGCAGGACUGACAGAAACAGAAAAGUAAUACAUAGAAAAAACUGAAAUGAAAAUCUAAGCAGAUGAGUAAAAUACAGUGGUUUAAGAGACAGGAAAAAAAACAUAAGGAGGAGGAAUUCACUUAUAACCAAAUUUAGAUGAUGCAUUAUGUUAAGUUUGUAAUGAUGGAGAUUAUACUGAUGAUAAUCUAAUUGUCUUUUGCUCUAAAUGUAACAUAUCAGUACACUAAAAAUGUUAUUUAAUUGAAAUAAUACCAAAUGAAGAUUGGAUAUGUGAUGUUUGUUAAACAUUUGGGCCAAAUGGACAAUAUUUAAGAUGUGCUUUGUGUCCUAAGUUAGGUGGAGCUAUGAAAGCUACUCAAAUAGAUGCAUCAUGCUUUUAGAAUUUAAAUCAAACUUAUUUUGAAUCUUAAGGUGAAUCUAUGAUGAAGAAUGAUUUUGUGUCUAAAUUAUGUAAUAAUAUUCAUUAAAAUCAAGUUUAAUAAAUAGACGAUGACUAAGAACUCUAUUAUGAUUUUGGGAAAUUACCAAAUAGAGAUAUUCGUGAUUUAGAAAAUAAUAAGGAAAUUAAAGAACCAUAGCCUUAAAAAGUUUGGAUCCAUUUAUCUUGUUUUUAUUGGUCUCCAGAAUGUUUCUUAGAUGAAAAAUAAGAUAUCUUAAGAGGAGUAGAUAAUAUCAAUUCCAAAAGAUUUGCUCUUAAUUGCAGCAUUUGCAAUAUUAAGAAAGCAGGAAUGUGUAUAUAAUGUGCCAGAAGUAGUUGUUCUACCUCCUUUCAUGUUGAAUGUGCCAGAAGAUCUGGAAUUUUCCUGACUUAAACUGUUGUUAAUAACAAACCAGAUUAUUAGAUUUUCUGUUAAAAACAUGUUCCCCUUAAGGUUAAGAGAAUCCUAGAAUCCAAACACAGAUUAUAUGAAAGAGAAAUUAUUGAUUUCUUUAGAGCUUAUGAGAAAUGUCGGCAAGUGCAUAAAAAGUCUGUUUAAAAGCCAAAAAAGAUCAAAGCAACAAAAGAUCAAAAAUAAAAAUAAGAAAGUCAGGAACACACAGAGAAUGAGUUCGAUUUAAUUGAUUUCGCCAAUAAAUUAAAAGAGUUUAUAAAUUAGAUCACUGAUUAAUAGCUUAUUGUCAAUUUAAAAUUAGAAUAGGGAUAAUACGCUAUUGAAUCCAUUUCAGGACCAGUACUCAAACCAUAAAAAUAGUAUAAGCUCACAAUUCUACCAGAAGUUUAUUAAAAUAAAGUUGAUGCAAAUGGCUUAUUAGUUACAUAAUUUUAUAAAAGUACUAUUACUGCAACAGAUGAAUUGUGGAAACAUUUUAAGUAUAGAGAUUAUGAAAAAGACAUCACAUAUAAAAUGUAUGAAAAAUUAAGAAGAAGGGCAAGUAAAUAUAUGUAAGAAAUAAAUCCCCAAAAAAAAUAAGCCAAACUUAUCGAUAUAUUGAUGUUAAAAAAAUAUAAAAAGAAUAAUAAGGCUGAAUAAAAAAAGGAAAUUAUAAUCGAAUUAGUAGGAGAUGAGUAUUUUUAAAGAGAUGACAAUUUAUAUUGUGUAUGCAGAGGGAAGUUUAAAGAUGGGGAUCCUAUGAUUUGUUGUGAAUCAUGUGAUGAAUGGUUUCAUUUUGAUUGUCUGGAAAUGACAAUACCAUUCGAAGAAGCUUCUUAAAUCGAAUUUAAGUGUUUCCUAUGUGUUGAUGAUUUGUCUUAACAAGAAAAAGCAGCCAUCCAUAAUAUUUAAUCAAAAAUCUUUAAAGAUUCUUCUUUUAAAUUACAAAGAGAAUUGGCAGAAAAAUGCAAAUUAGAUGAGUUAAGAAGGUAAAGAAUAAAGGAUUUGCAAGAGGAUAAAUUAAAUGAAGAAUAAAAUGCUGAUAUUGGCAAUCCUUAAACUUAACCAGAAGAUAACAUAUUGAUAGAAGAAUAAAAUAAUGAAGAGAAGCAAUGCAUCUAAGAAGAAUUGAAUUUAUUUGCAAAUAAUCAAGUUCAAACUAAAGACUAGGUCUUUGAUUAGGAUUAAAUUUAAAUUGAAAUGCAAUUAGAUACAAACGAAAAGAACAAAAAGACUGAGGACCAUGUCAAAACACCCAGUAAAACAGAAUCUGUGGAAGAUCAAGAUAAUCAUAAAUUAGAAGUUCCAGAAACCUAAGAAAAAGUUAAUAAUAAUAAAUUUAAACAAAAAUCAAUUAAAGACUAUUUCUAAAAGGUAAAGUGA